ACUCGGUCGACUGAACCAGUUGAGAUUCGAACAUCGUACCGAUUGGACGUGUAUAUUCAUACGAGCUCGCGAAAAAUAGGGUGUGAGAGAAACGGAGUGAGGUGUAACGAAAUCGCUGUUGCAGAUUCAUUCCUGUUAAUUUGUUUGCGCUGACAAAGUGUAGUGAGACGAUAGAAGUUUUUCUGUUGAAUCAAGGCGUAGCGUAAUCCGCGUCGAAAUUGGGUAGAAAAGGAACAACUAAAAAGGUCACAUCUGGUGCAAAGUGAGAUCAACAAGUUGAUCCUGAGUGGCAGUCCCUAUAGGCGUUGAGUGGUUCCAAGUGGACGUGACUUUCGUGGAAUACUUUUGCGGCUUUUCUGUAUUAUUAUCGGCGUGGCGCAAGAGAUCGAAGGACGAGUCGAGUUCAGCGCCAAGUCAAAUUGCAGACAGCACAGACGCACCGAAGAAGCAAUUCAUCCGUACACGUGCUGUGGUGAUACUAGCCGAAAUCGACGAUAGAAACCUAAUAAAGUGACCGAAGUUCCAUCCACCAAAACCAGCUAGUGCUCCCGUCAGCUGGAAAUAUUCCUGGUGGAUUUCUGGCGGUUUACAUCGUUUUCGUACACGCUGGGGUGAAAUCAAUCUACGAGUGGAAGGACGACUACCUACUAACGAAGAGAACGAGGUAACCGGUCGGCAAAGGUCAGACACUAUCGGAACGUCGGCGAAGGUCGGACGCUAUCAUUGGAAGGUUAGGGUGUCUACAGCACCACAAGAAUGAAUCCCUACCACGUGAUGACGGCGGUGCUUCUGGUGACGCUAGGCGUGAUAUUGCAACUGAGUUCGACAGACGCGUGCAGUUGUAUGCCGGUUCACGCACAGACAGCUUACUGCGAUGCCGAGUAUGUAAUCGUCGCCCAGGUACUCAGGAAGUCGAACCGCCAGCAUAACGGCAAUAACGUCUACAAGAUUGCAAUCAAGAAGGAAUACAAGAUGACUCCGCAUGCGCAAAAGCUACUUCGACCGGGAAAGCUCAUUACGCCGCCCGACAGUUCAAUGUGCGGUGUGCAGCUUGAAGAGAACCAGCUUUAUGCAAUCGCAGCCAAAAACGAGCACAUUUCCUUGUGCGGCUUCGUGCGCAAGUACGGUGAUUUGACGAUUGUGGAGAAGCGUGGUCUGGCCGGUAUCUAUCGCAAGGGUUGCCCGUGCAACAUCAAGCCUUGUUUCUCGGAAAGCUGUAGCAUGACGAUCGGGGCCUGCAAUUGGAACCCGUGGACUUCCUGUGAGUCGGAUUUUGGCUCAUGCGUACCAACCCGAGGGCACCUGAUCGAUGGUGCGCCGGCCAAAUGCCACUGGCGUCGAUCACCACUGUAUCAGAAGUGUAAGGGAAAUAUUCGAAAAUAACUGAAGACAACUGUUUUUUUUUGUUGCUGUAAAAUUUUCUACGCUGUAAUUAUUUCAUUCUUUUCUCCUCUUAUUACCCUUAAAAUUCUACAGUGGGUAUCAAAUUGCAAUUUUGUAAAAUUGCUAUUUUAUAAAGCAUUAUAAUACUAUUUAUUGUCAAGAAGUAUAUAAUAUUUAUUAUACACACGUAAAAAGGCCAAUAUUUUGUUUGUCCGGUCUACAUGUGAAUAUUUAUUUUGUGUUUAUUGUCGUGAAACGAAGCUCUUGUGUACUUUCAGAAAAAAUGAAGUUUUAGUACAAAUAACGUUAAGUAAAUCAGAGUCCACGCUUGAUAAAAUAUGAAGAAUUAACUUCUGUUCGUUGGCCUCUGUUCUUUGCAUAGAAUUCAAAUAAAUGUACAAUUUUCUCCAGAUGAAAAACUGCUUUGAAUAUAGAUAAUUCUAUAAACAGCGAUCAAAACAAUAUAUUUUUUUUUCAUAUUUUCGGCAUAAUUUCUAAAAAGAAAGCGGUAAAAAUAUUAUUCUGAUGUCGCUUUUUUGCGAAUAGAUUUAGUUGUUUUCUUUCACACUAUCACCUUAUUUUUUAUUUUCGUGAUAUCAUUUCAAUGUUUCAUUAAUUCCAAACGCCAAAAUUAACAAAAACCAAACAGCGUAAAAAACGACUCCAGUGUAAUAUUAUUUUUAUAACAUUUGCUUUCUCAGAGAUUCUUAAAGAUCCGUUGAUUUCUUUAGUAAACGAACGAACAUAUAACAAUCAAAUAAUAAUAAAUUAAUAUUGAAUGAUAGCUAGAUGAGAGAGAAUAAAUGGUUUAUUUAUAAAAUAUUCAUCAUA